AUGGCUCAGGAGAUGGCUUGUUUCUUCGGCCCUGCUCCACCGGUAGCUGCUGCUCUGUCUCCGUUCCAUGAGGGACAAGCAGGGAGCCAUGGCCAUAGCAGCAGCCGCACUGCUGGGCACACGAGAGGCCACUGGCGGCCAGCCGAGGAUGCCAAGCUCAAGGACCUCGUGGCGCAGUACGGCCCCCAGAACUGGAACCUCAUCGCCAACAAACUCCACGGCAGAUCAGGUAAGAGCUGCCGGCUGCGGUGGUUCAACCAGCUGGACCCGCGGCUCAACCGCAGGCCGUUCUCGGAGGUGGAGGAGGAGCGGCUCCUGGCGGCGCACCGCGCUUACGGCAACAAGUGGGCGCUCAUCGCGCGCCUCUUCCCCGGCCGCACCGACAACGCCGUCAAGAACCAUUGGCACGUCCUCAUGGCGCGCAAGCAGCGGGAGCGGUCCGGCUCCGGCGCGCCCCGACGACGCAAGCCCUCGUCGUCGUCGUCAGCCGUCGCCACCCGCCACCAUGUGUCCUCUCCCAUGCCGUUCCGCGCCGGCAUCCACCCGGAGGCGGCCACCCGUGCCCGUGCGUACAGCGACGGCGAGUCCGAGGAGUCCGUGUCCACCUCCAGCACCGACCUCUCCCUCGGCUCCGUUUGCGGCGCCGUCCCCUGCUUCCACCACCAGAGCUCGUACGACGCCGGCACGACGUGCCUCCUCGGCUCCUCGCCACUGCUGCACUGCAUGCUUUGCUCCGUUCCCUCGCCGGCGCGCCACAGGGCAACGGCCUCCGACGAUGGAUGCGGAAAGCUUGCCCUGCCCUUCUUCGACUUCCUGGGCGUUGGCGCGACAUGA